AUGUCCCGUGGAAAACCACCUUUACGUAUAACUUGUGUGAGCGGCUGUGCGAUCGGUUGUAGAUUUAAGAACAUGUUGAAUUUUCAAUGCUUAGUGGUUUUGAUAGCAGUAUUUGUGACUAUCCACGCAUACAAUGAAGAAGUAGAACGAAGGUUGGAUACGAGUGGACCGAGACCAUUAUCGAAAGGUAUCCACUCUUUCUGUCAAAAGUAUCAUCCUAAACGGUGCAAUCUCUGCCCAUACGAGAUGGUGAAUGAUAUCAUACAACUGUGUACUUUAUUCUACAGGGGUCCUAAGAAGUCUAGUGGCAAAAGGGAAGAAGGAGAUGAAGAUAUCGGAGAAAGAAAUUUGAAUGAAUUACUUAAUAAUCUGGAGGAGAAAAUAAAUGAUUUUUAAAUGAAAAAGAAAACCAUUUGUCCGCGAAUAAACUGUCACCAUACAUGUAUUUCUUUUAUUAACUCGUACCUUUAAUAUAUUGACUAAUAAUGUUUAUGAAAAUUAAUUUUUAACUUCCGAACUCGAUUGAAUAAAAAUAUAUUCGCCAAA